AUGAGACGUUCUAGCCCGAAGGAUUAUUUGGGAAUUGAAGUACAGGAGCAGUCGUCAAAACUUAUGCGCUUGAAUAAUUCGAGUUCUGCUUCGGUGGCUUCUCGUCUCUACACUAAUGGAACUCGAGGCUCACGAAGAGGCAGUUUUGGUAGUGAACCAGAAUUGAUGAAUUUUAGCGAUAAUGAAGCACCAAUGCAUGAACUUAAUGAGAUUUGCAGUCAGGUUUCAUCCCUAUCGAAAAAAGUGAAUGAUCUAGAAGAAGAGCGGAUGUCAUCUAGCGAAGAGCGUUCCAGAUUGAAGACAGAUAAUGCAGUUCUCACGGAACGCGUUCACAUUCUCGAGGAACAACUUCAUGCUGCCGAAAUAAGAUGGACGGAAAAAUUGGCCGAAGAAAAAGCUCGUAAUAAGGAAAUUAUUUCGCGAAUGGAACGCGAAAAACAACUCGAAAUUGAAAGUUGCAUAUUGAAAUAUCAGGUUCUGGAAAAAGAUUGUGCUGUUCUUCGAAAAGACAAAGAUAAGCAGCAUGAAGAAUUAAUAAAUUUGCAACUUUCAUUAGAAAAUACCCGUGAAGAACUAAACGAAUCACAUGCAUUAUGUGAAAGCCUUGAGGAGGAACGCAUAAAACUUGAACGCGAAUAUAAGAGAUUUCGAGAAGAAGCUCAACAAGAUAUUGAUAGUAGUUCUGAGCUAGUAGAGGAAUUAUCAAGACAAACAGAUGAACUAAGGCGUCAAAAAUUUGUUUCCACGCCUAAAUCAGGGUCCAUUGAUCAGAUAUCAGUAUUAGAAGCUGAAAUUGAUAGGCUUCGAUCUGAGAAUAAAUUAAUGAGGGAACAAAAUGAGGAUCUCCAAGCACAAUUGCUACAUGAAUCGGUAGAGAAAGGACAAAGUCUCCUUGCUGAUCGGUUACCAUCUUUAGCGGAAGAACUGAAUGGAAAGGAUUCCACUGAGUUAAUGAACGCCCUAAAAGAACAAGAAAUAUGUAAUCAGAAGCUUCGGAUAUACAUAAAUGGAAUUCUAAUGCGGGUUAUUGAACUUCAUCCAGAAAUUCUCGAAAUUAAAGAGCCUAAUUCAGCAACUAAUGAAACCAGCUGA